UGGAUUUCCACACAAAGCAGGGAGGCCAUUUUGCGCUUGUGAUGGCACGUGGGACCGCAGCGAAGACCAAGAGCUCAGCAAAGUCGGGCCGCGCCAAGGUGCCCAAGCCAGCCACGCUGACGCAGACUACCCUACAUGCUACGGUGUCUACGACAGUGCAGGCUGUCGUGGUGUCUGUCGAGGCAGCGGUCGCAUGAACGCGUACAUGGCGUACCGCGACGCCGCUGCCACCGACAAGCACGACCUCGAGCUCGCUGUAUCGACAGCUAUCGAGCUCUUCGUCGUCGGUCUCGACAAGCUCUGCGCCAAGAAGCUUGACGUGCCGCCUGAUUUACAAGCUCCGCACGAGUUGGCGACUACGGAGCUCGGCCCGUUCAUGGACGUUCUUCAGCACCAUCGCGGUCUCAUUUGCCGCUACGGCGGCUUUGCGAUGCAGAAGGCCAUCGCCUCCGAACGAGCGGCGCUGGAAGACGCGUACCAGAAGAACGAGGCAGUGCGCUCAAGCAUCGACAGCUCGCAGGACGAGCCCUUCGAGAAGGUGUGGAAGAACUACUCGACAGUGUAUCCGAACCUCUCGAUGUUUGCUGCGGGGCUUGCGACCGUACUUCCGUCCACCCACACGGUAGAAGCCGACUUCUCCAUCCUCAAGAACACUAGAAGCGACUCGCGUCGCUCGCUCUCCAACUACGCAAUGGAAGGCCAGAUGCAGUCCAAGCAAUACAAGGAGCUGGAGGCAGCCGUCACCUCGAUGCAACGCGCCACGCACCGAAUCGCACCGCGUAAUGCGACGGCAUUUUCAUUGAUUGCGUAAUCAUUUCUCCAAUAUAUCUUGAAGUUUGUAUGC